AUGAAUCUUGAUAUCUUGAUCAGUGAGGCUGGCCUUGCCAUCUGUCUGGCCAUCGCUAGCAACUCUGCCGCUCGUGUUCCGGGCUUAGCUUUGAUGCAAGUUACAACAUCGUUUGCCAUGUCGAUGAUCUUCCACUCUCCAGUGUGCCGAAUUCUUUCACGUGGCUGGAAAGAGCCGGACUGCAAUGCUAUCUACGUGAAGGGCCUUUCCGGCCUUCACUACGACGCUAUUUUUUCGCCCUUGGGCAGGGCCUGGAAGGGUCGUAGCGCGGUGGAUGAGGAUAGCGGUGAGGUGUUUGCGGCAAAGGCCAGAUCUCAAGCAGCCGAGGCUGAUGGCAAUUUCUGUCCGUGGCAGCGCUCACUACGAGCACUUGAGCCGUUGAUUUGUGUUCUGGGUGUUGGGCAGUCUGCAACCACGCAUGUUGCUUUUGGGCAAGAGCCAGCAAACUUCCUCGGCCUAGCGUACCUGCUUUGGUUUGUUGGCUUGGUGGCGUUUGGUGCUAUGACCUCGUAUGUCAGUGCUGGUUGGGACGCGCUGCGAUCCAAUGCCGCCAUGUGGCGAAGCGUGCUGCUGAUCAGCAAUGUGAUUGUCCUGGCGCUGUUCUAUUGCCAAGUCAUGGAUUCGCAGAACCACGACAGUUUUUUCGGUCUUCAGCGCUCCACGCAGACUGUUAUGGAGGUCACAUGGGCUCACAUGGUUGUGGGCGUGCUGGCAGCCAUACAGACGCAGGCACUGUCCUUGAAGGUGCAGAUUCCUGCCAUGUACGUGAACUCCAACUCUGCUUUAGCCCUGUUUCUGUGGAUCGGUGGGAUUUUCAUCGCGACUCGGCGCGCCCAGGGCAUCCAGUCAGUGGGCCUUGGGUAUGAGAUGGGCGUGAUGUUGAACAUGGUAAUGAUCCAGCCCUUUACUGUGGACUCCUGCUGCAUCCUGGUUCUUUGUCUAGGCAUUGUCGCUGUGGAGCAAUUCAACGGGUCGCUGCGCAUGCGAAACUGGUUGCUCACAGCCACCGCAUUUACUUGCGCCUUGAUCUUGCUGGCUCGAUACUUGCUGCUGAUCCCGUAUGUACAGGAAUGGAUUGGCGGUCCGCACUCACCACUGCCAAAGGAGCAGUUUCCUGCAGUGUGGAAGGGCCUUGCCUUGGACGACACUAGGCUCGAGGUUCGCGUGAAGUUGGGGUACGUGGCAACAUUGGUGCCACUCUCCAGUGGCUUGCGGCGUGUCUUUCGAUUCGGCUCUGAAGCAAGCCUCAUCGGGGCGCGCAGCCAAGUCUUGCUGCAAAGGAAGAAAGUGCUAAUGACAGCGCUGCUGGAGGCCGCUCGAUGGUCGACUGUGGUGCUGAUCUUCACUUGCUAUUUCAUCAUGCCGCGGCACAAUGCCACAUCCCAUUUGCAGCUGGCUGUUCUUAUUCUGCUGCUGCUGAGCGGACGAGGUUGGGACUAUGCAGGUGGCUUCAUCUCACUGACCUCCUCCGUCUUGCUUCUCGUGCAGUACAUCUACACCUUCAAGUUGAUCACGUUUCCAAAUCAGGCUUGCCAUGAGGGGCUACGUGGCAGAGAUGGCAUUGCUGCUGAUUGGCAUCGUGCAGCGAACGGUGAAACGAGCAGCACUGUGGCAAGCUCAGCUAGACGCUCCUUUCUGCAUGACAGCCUGCAAAAGAGGGCGGUCGGCCUACUGAGCAAUGACAGCAAGCAAGCCAACGAAUCAGGCAUUGUGUGGCCAACUCGCCUGCCGCUGCAGAGAUUGAUCAAGAGGCUGGAGUGCUUCAAACGGCUCAUUGCAUCUGCGAGCUCCGCUGGUUGGCUGGUCUUUGGACUGAUUGCUAUGAGGAUUGCCUUCCGAUGCUUUGUCAAGGAGUCACCCAGGAUAACAAAGGAAGAAAGCUCGCAGCUGGCAAUGGUGGUUGUUUGCACAGGAACGACUUGCAUGUGGCUGUUCUGGGCCUUUGUCUACAUGCAUCAGAUGGUGCCCUUGAUCUACCCGGUACGCACACCUGGAGAGUAA